AUGGAGGUGUAUGUUGGACUAAUAGUAAUAACUGCCAUAUAUGGGUGUCUAAUAUUUUUCGAUACAUUUUUUAAGACAUGCGCCCAUUACCCCUACCUGAGAUUUUUGGAUGGCACCGGUUUGGAAAUAAAAUUACUUCAAGUUAGAUGGACUACAAAUGCAUUUAAUCGAUUUUUUUCUCGGUUGGGAUACAACCAAUCAAAAUUUUUAGAUGUAUGGUUUACUAUCGGGUUAUAUGCUAGCUUGGCGUUGUUACCUGUAUCAACUUAUUUACUGUUGUAUUCAUUUCUUCAAAGCUAUUUUGCUGUUGAAGAAGCCAGUACUAUUACUAUAGAGCCUAUGUUACCUGGAAUUAAUUUACCAGUUUCGGAGUUGGGAUAUUAUAGUUUAACUUUAGUUAUAUGCAGUAUUGUACACGAAAUGGGGCAUGCAUUAGCAGCUGUAAGGGAAAAUGUCAGUUUGGAGUGUGUAGGAGUUAACGCAAUAUUUAUUUUACCUGUUGCAUUUGUUUUAUUGGGAACGGAGAAGUUAUUUUCAUUGAAAAAUAAAAAUAUUUUGAAGAUUUUAUGUGCAGGGGUUUGGCACAAUAUAGUAUUAAGUUUGCUGGCGUUUUUAAUUUACUCAUUUUUACCACAUGUAUUUUCGUCGCUAUACACGAUUAAUGAAGGUGUUAUUGUAGUUAAUGUAGCGAAAAAUUCGCCUUUAUUGGGUGCACGGGGGCUUAAAAUGGGAGAUACAAUAGUGGGGAUAAAUGAUUGUUUGAUAUAUAACGAAGAAAGUUGGGUAAACUGUAUUAAACACAUUAAUACUAGAAAGUCAGGGUUUUGUUUGAAUGGAGAUUUAAUUCGUAGUUUAGAUGAAAGUAUUCCUUUAAAACAUACGGAUAAUGGCUACUUGGAUUGCUGUAACGCUGAUAAACAGAACAACUUCUGUUUUGAAUAUCUGGACGAAGGAAUUUUAAAGUUACCCAGCCACGUUUGCUUGCCAGGCCGAACUGUCGUGGAAAAAGCGACGACGUUUUGUUCAUUCGAACCCCACGCAUGCCCGAACAAUCUCUUUUGUUUCAGACCGCUUGUAGAAAACUAUACGAAUCUAUUUAAAAUUGUUAAAAGCGACAAUACGAAUGUUAUUUACUCCGGCCCUGUUACAGACGUGUACCGAACCUUGGAGGUUUCACCCUACAUACACCCUAAUAUUAGUUCCACGAUCCCAGAUAGAACUAUGAAACUUUUAAGGUACGUUAUUGUUGUUUCAAUGGGUUUAGGCGUUAUAAACAUAAUUCCAUGUUGGUUUAUGGACGGCCAAUACAUAAUAAGUAUCCUGGGGAAUAUUAUGUUGGUAAAAAUGCUAGGAAAAAAGAAAACAAAUUUAAUAGUUUUAACAUUAACUACUUUCAUCACGUUUAUUUUAGUCACUCAUUGUAUGCAAGCUGUGUGGAACGCUUUGUUUUAA